AUGAUUUCAUUUCUGUUUAUAGAUUUGGCUUCUUGUUGGAUGGAUUGUGUCUAUACUUUGUUACGCCUUUGCAACAGCUUUAAACUUUAUGCCAACGAAAAACUUCAAGAUAAUGGCAUUUUACGACAGUUUAAGAAUCACUGGAAUGGCAUUGGCUACUAGUUGGAUACUGUAUAUUUGUGCGACUCGUCAAGGAGGUAUUGUUGAGAAAGCAUUUUCUUCAAAGUCGUUAGUUCCUUUAAGUCGCAUAAGUUAUUGUGUUUACCUAGUAAGUCCUCUUUAUUUGGUAUUCAGGGAUGCUAUUAUUACUGAAAGAUACUACAUGGAUAGAAUUUCACAAAUAGGAGAAUUUAUACUCUAUUUACUGUUCUCAAUAUUUGCCGCUUUCAUCAUUUACAUCGUUGUAGAAGAACCUUUCAGCAAAAUGUAUAAUAUUUUGAAAAAAAGAGCUACUAGUUCAACUCCACCAAAUGAUGCGACCCAAAUUGGAAAUGACACAGUAUUGAAUCAAAAUGGUACUGAGAAACGUUGAUGUAGAAACUUUUUAAACUCUGUUUUGCAAAUGUAUAGCUUAAAGAGAUAAAACUGGAUCUAUCACAACUC